GUUUCGAAUUGGCUACACUUUUGCCCUUAACCCGUUCGAAAAUAAAACAAAUCUCAGAGCAUAUCUUACGGUCAAUUUCUGUGAGCCAGUUUCACGUCUAGACACUCAUAUUUGUCAACUCGAAACUUUUGUCAAUCUAAUGGUCAUCCCAGCUCAAUUCUACAGAACAUAA